AUGGCUGACACUAAGAAUCGGACAACGGUUAACAAGAAGAAACAGAUAGACACGGAACCACUGAACUUCGUUCAUCAGAAUGAUAUCCUUUGCGAAACUAUCAAAAAAGAGCAACGCCAGCAAAGGAUCUAUACUACCUUUAAUGUAAACCCUUAUAACAAACUUUACACACUAACAAGCAAAGUCAAUGAAAAUGAAGACUUCAACGAUAGCAAUACAGACUCAAAUUUUCUCGAAAAAGUGAAGCAUUCGCAUGAUACACCCAGCCAUAAAUACAUGGAACCACAAACUGAAGCUCAAGAAAUAGGAUGGUACACCGAACCUCUGAUACAUUCCAAAGACAAACGCAUUCAUCAUCCACGACAAAACACAGAAAUAACUCGGUACAUGGAUAUCGCAUGGAGAAAACAAUAA